AUGGAGAAUGUCAGUUUACAACACACAUUCUUUCUGCUUAGAAAUGAAAUAUACGUUUGUUUUGAAAGUGUAAAGAACUUGGCAAAACAAACUCUCAAAAUGGAUAUCUUUUAUGCAUCUCUCUUAUCUCUUUUUGUUAUUGUUGUUUCUGUCUCUAUUCAUUUUUUCUUUUUCAAGUCCAAACCAACCCAAGAAGGAAAAGUACUUCCACCUGGUGGAACAGGAUGGCCCAUAAUCGGUGAAAGUUUUGAGUUUCUUGCCACCGGAUGGAAAGGUCAUCCAGAAAAGUUCAUAUUUGAUCGCAUGUCUAAGUUUUCGCCUGUUGUGUUUAGAACAUCUCUCAUGCUAGAAGAUGCUGCAGUGUUCUGUGGUGCCCAAGGUAACAAGUUCUUGUUUUCAAAUGAGAACAAACUUGUACAAGGAUGGUGGCCUGCAUCAGUUGAUAAAAUCUUUCCUUCAUCUGACAAAACUUCCAAGAUAGAAGCCAUUAAGAUGAGAAAAAUGCUUCCAAACUUCUUCAAGCCCGAAGCCUUGCACCGUUAUGUUCCAAUUAUGGACGUCGUGACACAACAACACUUUGCCAGAGGAUGGGAAGGGAAAGAACAAAUUGUGACUUACGAACUGACUAAGAACUUCACUUUCUGGCUUGCUUGCAAGAUCUUUAUUAGUAUUGAUGACCCUGAUCGAGUCAAAUACUUAUCAGUCCCAUUUGAAAGCAUUGCUUCGGGCCUUCUUGCAAUCCCCAUUGAUCUUCCUGGGACACCAUUCCGGAAAGGUAUUAACGCUGCAAACUUUAUACGAAAAGAACUCUUAGCCAUUGUGAAGCAAAGGAAAAUUGAUUUGGCUGAAGGGAACGCAACACCAACCCAAGACAUAUUGUCACAUAUGCUUCUUUUUAGCGAUGAAGAAGGCAAGUUCAUGGCAGAAUAUGAUGUUGCUGAUAAGAUACUAGGGUUGCUGAUCGGUGGUCAUGACACUGCAAGUUCAGCUUGUGCUUUUAUCGUUAAGUAUCUUGCUGAGUUACCUGAUAUCUACGACGGAGUCUACAAAGAACAAAUGGAAAUUGUGAAAUCUAAAGCCCCUGGAGAGCUUCUGAACUGGGAGGAUUUAUCAAAGAUGAAGUACUCAUGGAACGUUGCGUGUGAAGUUCUUAGAUUAGCCCCGCCUCUCCAAGGCGCCUUUAGAGAAGCCAUCACUGAUUUCAUGUACAACGGCUAUUCGAUCCCCAAGGGCUGGAAGUUAUAUUGGAGUGCAAACUCAACUCAUAAGAAUCCGGAGUUCUUUCCAGAACCUCAAAAAUUUGACCCGUCAAGAUUUGAAGGCAGCGGACCAGCACCAUAUACGUUUGUGCCAUUUGGGGGAGGACCAAGAAUGUGUCCUGGAAAAGAGUAUGCUCGAUUAGAAACUCUCAUUUUUAUGCAUCAUCUCGUGACAAAGUUUAAAUGGGAGAAAAUUAUCCCCGAUGAGCAAAUUGUCGUCAACCCGAUGCCUAGCCCAGCCAAGGGUCUUCCAAUUCGUCUUUAUCCACGUAAAGCUUGA